AUGGAGACAGAAGAACAAGUAGCAAAAGGACUCACAAAUGCCAGCGUAGUAAGCAAGUACAGAGAAGCCGCAAACAUAGUAAACCGUGCUCUCCAAGCUUUAGUCCCUCAAUGCCAAGCAGGCGCUGACAUUUCCACACUUUGCUCCAAUGGAGAUCAGCUAAUUGAACAAGGCCUCGCUACAGUUUUCACAAGCGCUCCAAUUGAAAAAGGAAUUGCCAUCCCUACUUGUAUUUCAGUAAACAACGUGUGUGCUCAUUAUAGCCCUCUUCCAGAAGAGUCAUCUACUCUUCAGCCUGGAGAUUUGAUUAAAAUUGAAUUAGGUGCACAUAUUGAUGGGUAUAUCGCGAAUGCAGCUACUUCUUUAGUGGUAGGAGCCUCUGCAGAGACCCCGAUUACUGGAAACAAAGCUGAUGUUGUAUUGGCUGCAUAUAAUGCAAUCCAAGCUGCACUUAGACUGAUUAAGCCAGGAAGCUCAAACCUUGAAGUCACUGAAGUUUUCAACAAAAUUGCAGCUGAUUACCAAUGCAAUGUGCUUGAAGGAGUUCUCUCACAUGAGAUCAAGCAGCAUGUAAUUGAUGGAAACCAUGUGAUCAUUGGAAAGGAGAGCUUUGACCAGCAUGUAGAAGAGUUCAAGUUUGGAGCUAAUGAGGCGUACAUUAUUGAUAUUUUUAUAUCAACUGGUGAAGGAAAGCCAUUAACAUUAACUUAAAUAUUGUGAAGUUCGCUGUAAUGCCUCGAGGGCCUACCUCCACCCAUAUUGCUUCACCCGGCUGCUCACCACCGACCGGCCACGGCUUCUAAAGUGUUGCUCCUUCUGGACGAGGAUGUGCACUCGCUACCCGAAGUUGGAUGAGUUGCGCCACCGUGCCGUACGCCAACAGAGUUGUCCUUUCCGAAAAUUUGAAAAACAAAUUUUCUGGUCGAACUCACGGCCAAAAUGGAAAUCCAAAGCCUGGACGUAACCUCAUUGGUGCUGCUGAGCUUCUCCUUUCCAACCUUGGGACUCCAUUUCCCCUGAGGUAAAAACCUUGUCAUCAGAGUGAACUGCGGUCGACCAAAUUCGACAAUGCGCUCCACUGUGCCAAGGAAAAACCUAGCCGGAUACCUACAUCGAGCGCCAAAUUCCCUUCCACGAGGUCCCCGGGUCCUAGAAGGUCCCAGCUACAGGUGUUGAGAAAAAGGGCUGGUUCGCCGUCGUCAUUUUAAUAAGUAUGGUGAAGGAAAGCCAAAAGAAGCUGAGACAAGAACCACAGUUUUCCAAAGAGCAUUAGAUAUGACUUACAAUUUGAAGCUUAAAAGCUCAAGAAACUUUUUGACUGAAGUAAACAGAAGGUUCCCAACCUUGCUUUUCUCUCUAAGAUCCUUUGCAGACCAGAGAAACGCUAGAGUCGGAGUGUCUGAGUGUUUGAAUCACAAUAUGCUUUAUAGUUUUCCAGUUAUUACUGAGAAGCCAGGCGAUUUAGUUGCACAGUUCAAAGUCACAGUUUUGAUUCUUGAAACAGGGACAAUUGUAAUUACACCUCUCAUUUUCAACCCAGAGCUCUGCCAAACUGAAAAAACAGUUACUGAUGAAGCAGUCAAAGCUUUGUUAGCAACUCAGAUGGCAACUGUUGCGGUGGCUAAGCCAAAGAAAGCGAAAAAGAACAAGAAAAAGAAAAAAGCAGCAGCUCAAGAGGGAGAAAGCAAGGAAGAAGAAAACAAAGCAGAGGAAACUAAGGCAGAGUAA